UAGUAUUUCAUCUAAGGAAAUUACUUGUUGUUGUUGAUACUCUCACAGGCAGCCACAAUUUUCAGUACCAACCAUGGCAGAAGCAGUACUUUCAGCUCUAAUGGAAGUCCUUUUCCAAAAGAUAACUUCCCAAAUUUUCCAAAAAAAUGGACAGCUAGGAAGUACAAAGAAGGAGAUGAUAAAUCUGCAGAGCACACUAUCAACAAUUCAAGCUGUACUACAAGAUGCUGAGGAUAGGCAAAUGAAAGAUAAAUCUUUGAAGAACUGGCUGGUGAAGCUCAAAGACAUUGUCUAUGAAGCAGAUGAUUUAUUGGAUGAAUACUUGACUGAAUUGCUCCGCCUUAAGGUAAUUCUCGACGACCGAGAAACCCAUUAUUGUGUUUCCUAUGCUGUGACUUCUCUUUAUCUGAAUGGUACUUUACUUUGUCUGGGUUACCGUAUGAAGUUGAAACUGAAAGAAGUUGGAGAAAAGUUAGAAUUGGUUGCAAAUGAGAGAGCCAAAUUCCAUUUUAGGGAUGUUGUUUAUCAGGGAGGUUUUUCUUGUGAAAGACCACAGUCAGACUCUUAUGUAAUUGAAUCAAAGGUUUUUGGUAGAAAUAAGGAUAAGGAAAACAUAAUCAAGCUACUCAUAGAAUCUGAUGUACCGGUUGUUAGCAUUGUUGGAAUUGGAGGAAUUGGGAAGACUACAGUUGCAAAAUUGGUUUACAAUGAUGCUGUUGUAGAGGAUAGAUUUGAUACAAGAAUAUGGGUUUGUGUCUCAAAAGGAUUUGAUGUGAAAAGGCUUCUUAAAGCAAUCAUAGAAUAUGCCACUGGUAGUAGUUGUAACCUUGUAGAGAUGGAGGCGAUCUUGCGGCGUGUCCAAGCGUUAUUAUUGGGCAAGAAAUUUUUGCUUGUCCUAGAUGAUGUAUGGGAUGAUGAUCAUGAGAAAUACGAGAGAUUAAAGAAUUUAGUUCACAGUGGUUUGGAUGGGAGUAGGCUGUUAGUGACUACUCGAAAUGAGAAGGCUGCGCUGCUGAUGGGCACAGCAAAUCCAUAUCGUUUGGAAGGCCUUUCGGAUGAUGAUUGCUGGUCCUUGUUUCAGGAACUGGCAUACAAGAAUAGGCAAAAAGAAUUAUUAGCUCUUGAAGAGCUCGGGAAAGAGAUCGCCAAGAAAUGUAGGGGGGUUCCUUUAGCGGCAAAGGCCCUUGGAAGUUUAAUGUGCUUGAAGAAUCAGAAAUCUGAAUGGUCUUUCAUCCGAGAUUGUGCAAUGUGGGAUCUUAUGGGAAGUGAAGACGGAGCUGGAAUUCUUUCGGCCCUAAGAUUAAGUUAUGAGUACUUGCCGACACAUCUGAAACAAUGUUUUGCAUAUUGUUCUAUAUUUCCUAAGGGCUAUAGGAUAAAUAAAAACACCUUGAUAUGCCUAUGGAUAGCGGAAGGAUUUGUUCCAUCCUCUGAAAGCAUGCCACCUGAAGAAGCUGGGAAUGGUUAUUUCAAUGAGUUGUUGUGGCGCUCCUUCUUCCAAAAUGUGAGAAGAGAUUUUGAUGGGAAUAUAGUUGACUGUGACAUGCAUGAUCUUGUCCAUGAUCUUUCCAAAUCUGUAGGUGGUGUUGAUUGUUUAACAACAGAAUUUGGCAAGGAAGUUAUCAUUCCUGUGGCCACACGCCACUUAUCAAUGCUUGGCAGUGUACUGGUACCCAAAAGACUUGGCAUGUUGAGGAGUGCUCAAAAGCUGCGAUCGUUUCUUCUUUUGGAUGGACAGAGAAAUAUCACGAAACUAUCCAAGAGUUUCUUUUUGAGCUUUAAAUCUGUUCGGGCAUUAGAUUGCAGUGGUAGUCGGAUAAAGAAUUUGUCUAAGUCAGUUGGUACUUUAUUACAUCUACGAUACCUCAAUCUUUCACACACUCUGCUAAGAACAUUGCCAAAGUCUAUCUGUUGCCUCCUUAAUCUUGAAGCUUUAAUACUUAAGCAUUGCAACCAUCUGAUAGAACUUCCGGCAGAAAUUAGAAAGUUGGUGAACCUUAGACAUCUGGAUAUAUACGGAUGCACAUCCUUAACCAUGUUACCUGGUGGCAUUGGAAAAAUGAGAUCCCUGCAAACAUUGCCAGUUUACAUUGUUAGCAAGGCUGCUGCUUGUGACAUUUCUGAGUUGCAGAGACUUGAUCUUCAUGGUGAAUUAAUGAUAAAGAACCUUGAGAAUUUGUCCGAUGAGAUAUGUGCCAAAAAUGCUAACUUGAAUGGGAAGAGGCACAUCCGAUUUCUAAAGUUAAUAUGGGAUCAAGUUGAAGAAAUGGGCACAAGAGAAAAUGUUGAGCGCAUUGUUGAGAGCCUUCAACCAAAUUCUGAUUUGAGCAAGUUACACAUAGAGGGUUAUAUUGGUGCAAAUUUCCCCAGUUGGUUGAUGAAUAUAUACUUGGUACACAUUGUGGAAAUCUGGCUUCUAAAGUGUCACAGGUGUGUGGAGCUGCCUCAACUAGGGAAGUUGCCUUUUCUUGAGGUUCUCACUGUUGACGGGAUGGAUUCCGCAAUGUAUUUCUGCAAUAGUUCCGGUGAAGAGGAUUCGGCAACUCAAUUUGCAUCACUGAAGCAACUGACGCUCCGGAAUAUGCCCAAUCUAUUGGGAUGGUCAGUUAAUAAAGAUCAUAGUAUUCUUCAUUGUCUGAAGAAACUUACGUGCGAGGCAUGUCCCUAUUUGAAUAAAUUGCCAGAUCUUCCCUCUCUUGACUCAUUAGAAUUGUCUGAUUGUAGCAGUGAAUUACUAGUAGAGACAGCAGCCAAGAUUACCUCCCUUUCUCAUCUUAUGAUCAGUGGAUUUUUGGAAAUUCUACACUUACCUGAAGGGUUGCUGAAAAAUAAUAUCAAUCUGCUGUCCGUGGAAAUUAGAGAUUGUGCAGAGAUUCAAAGUCUUUCGAGUGAGCUGAAAGUUCUUCCUUGUCUCGAGUCAUUAAGCAUCAGUAACUGUAACAGUCUCAGUUCUGUGCUCGAUUCAUGUGGACUUGAAACUUUGAAGUCCUUGUCCAUUCAUGGUUGUCGUAACAUUAGCUUGGAGAAAGGAUUACAAAGUUUACAGUUUCUUCAAUAUGCAUCACUCUCUGACUGUGAAAACUUGACAACCUUGCCGAUGACUAUGCAGAACCUUACAUCUCUCCAGACUCUGCAUAUAUGGAGCUGUCCUAAGAUGUAUAUGCUCCCAGAAUGGCUAGGAGAUCUCAUUUCUCUUAGAGAAUUGGAGCUGUGGUACUGUGAAAAUCUAAGUUCUGUACCAGAAUCGGUGAAAAAGCUAACCAAGCUUCAGUUUCUGUCUAUAUGGGGCUGUCCAAACUUGGGAUUAAGAUGCAGAAAGGAUGUCGGAGAAGAUUGGCACAAGAUAAAACAUGUUCCAUUCGUCAAGAUUAAUGGCCCAUAUAUCCAAGCUAUGACAGGUAUGCCUUGGCUCUUGAGUAACAUAUGGGGUGCAAAAUGUGAAACCAUGUAAUUAGGUUGAAGAUUUAAUGACAAUUGCUAGUUUUGUUUCUGAAUAGCUGUUUGAGCCCUUUUGAAUUUGUUUAUGCUUUUAUUAACUUAGCCUUACUAUGUGUAUUUCCUUCAUAUUACAUUUCAUCUUAAGGUUGGAUUUGGGGUGUUAGUCUGUCGAGUUGGAUGUAUUUGCAGGAAGAACAUCUCCUGUUGGU